AUGGAUCAUCUCCAACGAGCAAUAUAUCAUUUUCGUGGUCAACAUAGACGAGCUUCCACUCAGUUCUUUGUGGAUCUUCAAGUAGGCCCUCGAUACCAAACAUUCGGGCGAGGUCAUGCCUUAGCUCUUCAUACCCUUUGUAACGUGUCACGUCUAUGGUUCUCCCCACAGAGCCUCACGACAAAUCGGGCUCCAUCACAUUCUGCAUAUCCUUCCCUGCAUCAUAACCCCUCGAAAGCAAAGCAUCGGGCGCCAGCCUGUCGUCUCCCGGCCCAAAAGCAAGCCCGGUUUUCCCAUGCGACUGCACAUCACUCCCGUCAAAUCCGCUCAUCGGAAAACCCUGCUGCAGCAAGCCACCUGCGUCCAGACAGUACGAGGUUGACGAUGACGUGGCAUCCACAUGUUCGCCACCUGUCAGCAUCCUGUACUUGGCCGGCUGGUCAGGCAUCUUCGAGUUUGGAAGCUCGUUCUUUAUCCGCACAUCUGCCGCAUUUUCGAGCAAACCGCUGGGCCCUGUUUGGCUUCUCGCCAAAGUCGUCCGCGAAGUCGAGCACGACGGGCCAUCUCCAUUGGUGUGUGCCGAGUUUGUUCUCACCAAAACCGGUGCCUUUUGCUGGCACUGAAAUUGAUUUUGAACAGGAAAGGAGUUCCCGUCCAGCUGCUGUGUGGGUAAUGAAAGAUUUUGAGCUUGCUGAGUUAUUUGGACUUGCUGUUUUUGAGGAUGCAUCUGAGAUUCCAGCAAGGGAUUCAUUUGGGAUGACAAUUGUUGCUGUUGUUGUAGUUUCUGAAGAAGUUGCAUUUGGAGCUGCUGUUCAGAAAGCAAAUGCUGUGACUUGGGCUGUUGUGCUGUUGGCCUCUGGGCCAAGCUUUGCUGUAAAGCCUGCAAAGUUUGGACUUGCUGCAUUUGCAUCUGUUGCUCUUGGGGUCUGUGUGCAAGGCUCGAUAACUGGUCAACGUGUGGCUGAAAGGACGAAUCUUGAGAUGUUUGCACUGUUUGCUGCAUGUGUUGGGAGUAGGCACUCAUCAUUUGCUGCGAAUUUCGAUUUAUUGUUCUGUGAGGGUAGAGUUGGGGAUUGGAAGCUUAGUAGUUUCGAGGGGUCGUCUGGUUUGGCGAGACUGAGGCCCGGGAAUAUGGAGCUCGACGAGUCUUUCAAGCCAAAGUCGUCAGCUAGCCAUGGCAUGUUUCGCCGGAACAUAUUCUCUAUGUCUGAAUCGUCAUCUAACAAGGGAAGAAAACAAAUAAACCCCAAGAUGAUAUUCGAAUCAACUGUUGAGAAACUUGAGGGAUGUAAAUAUAAGAGAAUAGAAAUGAGAAUUAAGCUGUCGAAAAAUGAUACACAAAAUGAGGGAGAGGGAACAAACUGUAAGAAGGAUAAAGGGCUUCCACGGCGCCAGCUGGCAAGAGGUUUCUUUACCUGGGAGACCGGGAUGUUUGGGGAACUUUGGUCUGAAAAACGGUGGUGGGCAUAUGUAAAAGGGAGUUAUGACAGGUUCAAUCUCCCAAAUCGAGACUCGGCUAGGACGUUCCCCAGCUGUAGAUUCAUCCCAUCCAACCUGAUUAGGUCCCAAAAGAGAAAAAACGAAUAUUGUAAAAGGGCUGUUAUUUGCGGCUGCAUGAGCAGCUGCAGCAAGAAUCCCGAUAUGCAUGCUGUCGCUUGA